AUGCAUAAGGAGAUUAUUGCUUCAGGUAAAAAGAGGACAACUUACAUUUAUGCUAGGACUGGUCUUAUAACUUUGUUGCAUCAUUACACUGAAGGAGAUAACAGAUGGGACAAACAAUUGCAUAGGCCUUUGCAUGCUGCAGGCUAUUAUCUUAAUCCAAUUUUGCAUUACAAACCUAAUUUUAAAGUAGAUAAUGAAGUGAAACAAGGAAUGUAUGCAUGUUUAGAAAGAAUGAUGGGAGGAGACAUGGAUAUGGUGAAUAAAAUUGAUGGUCAACUUGAGGAUUUGAAGAGUAAAAAAGGAUUCUUUGGGAGUGAAAUAGCUCAACGUGGACUAAAAAACAAGACACCAACUCAAUGGUGGGAAUCUUACGGUGACGCACAUCCAGAGUUGCAAAACUUUGCUAUUCGUGUUUUGAGUUUGACAUGCAGUUCUUCUGGCUGUGAGAGAAAUUGGAGUGCUUUUGAAAUGGUUCAUACAAAGAAAAGAAAUUGGUUGAAACAGAAGACUAUGAAUGAUCUUGUGUAUGUGAUGGAAGAAAAUGCAGGUGGUAAUCAUGUAUAUGUGACUGAUUUAGAUGAAGAUUUGAUGCAAAGUACUGGUGCUAAAUCAAUUGGACAUGUAGAUGAAUUUGAUGUCCUUGAAACUAUAGAAAGUGACAAUGAAGAAGGAAAUGCAGAUGAAGGUGAUGAAGGAGAUGAUGAGGGUGAUGAUUAUGGUGGAGGAGAUUAUGAGAUUAAUGAAGAUGAAGGAGUUGACAUUAUAGGGAAAAAUCCAAACUAUCGGCGCCUUUGUGAUUUGUACUAA